UAAAACAUUAUAUUAUAUGUCAGAGUCUGUAGGGAACAGAAAUGGAGGACUCUCCUCUUCACAGCAGCCAUGUCCACAAGCUCUUACUUGUCACAAACAGAGUCCACAUGCUUCUCCACUCCACAGCCUUAUGCUUCAUGUUCUACUACAGAUUCUCUUUUCUUUUCCAACCGCCUCACACCACAGAAAGCCUCUUGUUUCCAUGGCUCCUUGUCUUUGCUUCAGAGAUCAUUCUCUCCUUUAUAUGGAUCCUCGGCCGUGCGUAUCGGUGGCGUCCCGUCUCGCGCACCGUCUUUCCGGAGAGGUUGCCUGAAGAUCACAAACUUCCUGCUGUUGAUGUGUUCAUAUGCACUGCUGAUCAUACUAAGGAGCCUACUUUUGAGGUGAUGAACACUGUCCUAUCUGCCAUGGCCCUUGAUUAUCCUCCUGAGAAGCUCAAUGUGUACCUUUCGGACGAUGGGGGUUCCUCUGUUACCUUGCAUGCAAUGAGGGAGACUUCCAACUUCGCAAGGUUGUGGAUUCCAUUCUGCACAAGGUACAGAAUUAAGAGCAGGUGCCCCAAGGCUUUCUUUUCUUCUUCAGAUGAUGAUGAGUCUGAUUUUGUAAGAAGCAGUUUGUAUGUGGAAGAUAAGAAGCAGAUUGAGGAAAAAUAUGAGGUCUUUAAGGAAAAGAUUGUGUCAUUCAGAGAUAAUAUGGCCAUUCCAAGAGAUGAUCCUACCAUAAAUGUUCAAGAUCACCCUCCUUGCAUUGAGGUUAUGGAAGGUAAUAUCUUUGAUGAUGCAGAUAAUGGCAAAAUUCCUCGCCUUGUGUAUGUUUCCCGUGAGAAAAGACCAUCUCAUCCCCACCAUUUCAAGGCUGGAGCACUCAAUGUCCUUCUCCGAGUAUCUGCUGUGAUUAGCAAUUCUCCCUACAUUCUAGUUUUGGACUGUGACAUGUUCUGUAAUGAUCCAAGUUCAGCGCGAUACGCCAUGUGUUUUCACCUUGAUCCGAAGAUAUCAUCCUCCUUAGCUUUUGUUCAGUUUCCUCAGAAAUUUUACAAUGUCAGUAAGAAUGACAUCUAUGAUAGUCAGCUGAGAUCAAUAUUCACGCUUCAAUGGAGAGGUAUGGACGGGCUUAAGGGUCCAGUAAUGUCUGGUACAGGCUUUUAUAUAAAAAGGGUGUCACUUUGUGGAAAUCUCAAUAUCAAAGGGACUGAUCUGACUCAACUUAAAGAAUAUUUUGGUUCAUCCAAUGAGUUCAUCAAAUCACUUACUCAAAACUACACAAGUGAUUCCGCUUCUGGUGGGAAUGCAUUACUAGAAGGAGAAACUCACUUAUUGGCUUCUUGUGAAUAUGAAAUCAGUACUAAAUGGGGACAAGAGGUUGGUUUCUUAUACGAUAGUGUUGUGGAAGAUUAUCUCACUGGAUUCAUAUUGCAUUGCAAUGGAUGGACUUCAGUCUUCUGUGAACCAUCUAGGACACAGUUCCUAGGAUCAGCUACAACAAAUUUGAAUGAUGUGUUAAUCCAAGGCACUAGAUGGUACAGCGGUUUAUUUGAAAAUGGUAUAAACAAAUAUUGCUCUCUUAUAUAUGGUACCGGUCCUUCAAGGAUGCCAGUCCUUCAGAGACUAUGUUUUGCAGAACUCACAUAUUUCCCUCUUUAUUGCUUCCCUCUAUGGUGUUUUGCCACCAUCCCUCAGCUCUGUUUACUUCAUGGAAUUCCCUUGUACCCCAAGGUUGGAGACCCAUUUUUCAUCAUAUUUGUAUUCAUCUUUGUAUCAGCUCUUUUAAAUCAUUUGGAGGAAGUCCUCAUAACAGGAGGAACACUUCACAAAUGGAUGAAUGAGCAGAGGAUAUGGAUGAUGAAAUCAAUUACUUGUCAUCUAUACGGGUGUUUGGAUGCACUGCUAAAGAAAGUAGGUAUAAGAGAAGCAAAUUUCUUGCCAACAAACAAAGUAGCGGAUGAUGAACAAACUCAGCUGUACCAAAUGGAUAAAUAUGAUUUCCGAGCAUCCAGCAUCUUCAUAGCUCCAAUGCUUGCCGUCAUCACGAUCAAUAUAUGUUGCUUUCUGGGUGGAGUCUACAGAGCGGUAUUUGUUGGUAGUUGGGACAAGAUGUUUGUGCAGUUUUUCAUUGCAGGUUUCAUCAUUACCGUUAACUACCCUAUAAUUGAAGGGUUGGUAAUAAGGAAGGACAAGGGACGCAUUUCAAAGUUAUUAGCCAUAUGUGUUAUCAUUGCUACCAUGAUUCUUUUGGGAUGUUUUACACUUCUAAGCUCUGUGUAAUGAUAUCGUCUACAAUUAAUAUACAAAUACUAAAAUGA